AUGUCACUCCAAUGGGUUGRCCAUAUUGGAACCCAGGAGGAGGGGGAGAAGGGAUGCGUGCCUGGCUUUCAGGUGAAGGAGUACCAGGUGGAGUACAACAGAGGUUUCCAGAAGGACCAUCCUCUCACACAAAUGUUAUUUGAUGACUGUGUGGGGAACGAGGGCAUGGCGUUCGAGGUGUCCCACCCAGACUUCCAAGUUGAUGAGGAGAUGAACCUGGUGGCCAGYCGGGACGUGAUUGACAGCGGCACCGUCAUGUUCAUCCAUGGUGUCAAUGAGCAUGCUGAGGAUAUGGCACAGGUGGACAUUGUAGGAGCUCUACCCCGGUCUCCCCAAACACUCAGGGAGAUCCUUGGCCUUGGACAGAUCCAGCCCUACAGAUCAAAGAGAGCCCUGUUCGCCCCCCGCAUGCAUGUCAGUGAGAACAUGGAGCCACCAUUCCCGAAAGUCAUUGGCACGCUUAUUGUGAUGUCGUCAGGCAUGGAGGAUGACCACAUCUUCCAUAUGACUGGGUCGGGUGCAGAUCAGGACCCAAAGGGGGUGUUCACCAUCAACACGCUGACUGGAGAGGUGUCUGUUAGCCAAGAGCUGGACAGAGAGGCCAUCAAUUCCUACAUGAAGUUGGAGCUUUGUGACAAAAGAGUCAUAAAGAGACUGUGA